AUGCAAUCUGGAGUGCCACUUUUACCAACUUUUAAUCAUGAAAAGGAUGUUAAACUUAGAUUAUUGUCUUAUCGUAAUAGUUCAACUCCUGCUGAAUGGCAAUUAACCGAUUAUAAUAUUAUGGAUAAAUUUCAGAAUUCGAUUAAAGCAGACAUUCUUAUAUACGAUGUAAAUAUAGCGGUAUUUAUUCGUAAUUCUUUACCAGAUCAUGGAACUCAGAAACUAUGGAUGCAACAACGAAAUCUGUUAUUCAGUAAUGGUUAUUAUUGUUUCGAGAUUUCUAGUCAUGACAUGGUGGAUGAAACUAUUCGUCAAAUAGUAAAAUUAAGUAACAUUUUGGUUACAGGACGUGAGGCAUAA